AUGCAUUGCACCACUUAUUUGCUCAUAUUUUCGCAGCUUAUUACAGAUGUUGUUAUAUGUACAUCUGAAGAACCUGAGGUAACUUUCGAACAACUGUAUAAAUAUGGUAAAAAUGAAUAUACGAACGGUAACUGGAAUGAUUGUAUUGCAUUUUUUCUUCGGUCAAUCGAAGAUUUCGAUUAUUUUAUUGACGAAAAUGUGUGGUGUCGUGAGAAGUGUGCACAACAGCAUAAAAUAAAUAGGAAAACAGAAUUGAAAGAUGCCGGAGAAGAUAUUGCUGAGAUAGCAAUGAUGUACACAAAUGCACAACAUGCAUUGUGCCUGUUCCGAUGUAAAAAUGACCGAUUAACAUCGAUGAGACCACCAGUAAGUGAUCCUGAUGUUUUCGAGGAAUUCCAGACCCGAAAACCAUAUCAGUAUCUACAGAUUUGCUACUGGAAGCAAAAAGAUUUGGCGUCAGCAGUAAGAAGUGCCUAUACAUAUUUGGUAGCAAAUCCAAAAGACCAGGAAACGUUAGAUAAUUUAGCAUUUUACAUGGAGCAAAAUGGGUAUAAUGAAGAUAUGCUUAUUGAUGCUCGACAAAUGAAAUAUGAGGCAAGUUAUAUGCGAGGUGUCAAAGCGUAUAACGAUGAAGAAUGGCAGUUGUGUGUUAAUGAAUUUGAAACUUCAGUGAAACAGUUUUUUGACGAGGAACAAAAAUGUCGAUAUAUUUGCGAAGAUAAAUUAGACUGGGAAGCGUUUGAUAGUGCCAAUCCGGAAAUAAGUAUUAUUAUUACAAGUAUAUAUUUGUCUGUGCUACGAUGUAAACAUGACUGUGUUAAGAAGCUGUCACGGGUAAAUGGUCAUGAUAUCGAGUUCAUUCUUCCAACAUACUUCGAAUAUCUCCAUGUUUGCUACUACAAGUUGAACCGUGGAAGAGAUGUAUGUGAAGCCGUUGCAAAUAGUAUUUUGCUGAAUCCUAGUAAUCCAAUCAUGCGACGCAACAGACUGUUCUAUUCAAAAACAUACAGGAGUGACGAUCUUUUCAAACCUUCUGAUGGUAUUAUCGAAUUCCAUAAGCGGUAUGCAGUUGAACGACUCUUCUUGGAGUUCGUCCAUGAACGUUUCAAAUUCGAAAAUAAUGAUUUACCCGCAGAAAUAGUAGAUGAUCGUCUUCCACUGGAUACAACCGUACCGAUAAACGAUGAUUUCGAUUAUUCCGUCAUCGAAAAAGAAUUGCUUACUGAAGGAGAGUGUUCAGCACUAGCAAUAGCGGCUAUAUUCGAAACAAAAACAGCACAACAGAAGCAGUUAUUAAUUAGUUUGACUGAUCGAGUGGCAUCACGGUACAGAACUCAAACUCUGUACCAUUCUCUCACUUGUUCCCCGGAUAUCAGUGUGUCAAAAUGUCCUCAUCAUGCACUCAUUGUGUCUAUAGAUCGUUCAAGUUGUGGUAUAUUUUUAACUGAUCCAGAACCAAACUCCUGUGUACUCAUUUUUUGCGUCGGCUAA